AGAUGCCAGCCUUAAUUUGGGAUGACGGGAGCUGGGUGCAACAGCAGAUCCAGGAACCAGGAAAUGGCGCAGGGCGAGACUGGGAGGCAGGCGAUAUAAUAUGACAGCUUGACCCCCGCAAGCCUAACCAUCCAGCUGCUCCUCCACGCUUUCCUCCUUCUUUAUACCACUGCCACCUCGCCAGAAAAUGAAGUUCGCAGUCCUCGCCAGCAGCCUGGCGGCCCAGAUCCUCUCGGUCUCGGCCGGCACGAUCCUCUGGGAUGGCCGAUUCAAUGACUUGAGCACGUCGGCCGAUCUCAACAAGUGGUCGUGGAGCAGCCAGGUCGGGCCGUACCAGUACUACAUCCACGGGUCGUCGGGCGUGUCGUCCUACGUCAACCUGUCGCCCGACUACAAGAACCCGGCCGACAAGGGGUCCAGCAAGGGCGCCAAGAUCACGCUCGACAACACGGCGUACUGGAACGGCCAGAACAUGCGACGGACUGAGCUGAUCCCGCAAACGAGCGCGGCCAUCAACAAGGGCAAGGUGUUCUACCACUUCUCGCUGAUGCGGAGCGCCACCAACCCUCCUGCCCAGACGCGCGAGCACCAGAUCGCCUUCUUCGAGAGCCACUUCACCGAGCUCAAGGGCGGCUGGAUCUCGGGCGCGGCGGGCACGUCGGACCCGCUGCUGCGGUGGUGCAUCAACGGCAACACCAAGUGGAGCGUCAACUGGGAUGCCGGCGUGUGGCACAACGUCGCCUACGAGAUCGACUUCAGCGCCAACACCGUCGGCUUCUGGCACUCGACCGGCGGUGACCCCCUGGAGCGGCUCGUGGCCCCCGUCAGCGUCAGCACCAGCAGCAACGGCGCCGACUGGCACGUCGGCGUCCUGGAGCUACCCCGCGACGGGUACCCAGACUCGGUCGAGGACCUGUACUGGUCUGGCGUGUACAUUGAGAGCGGUAGCCUGACCACUUCAGUUUCCGGCCCAGGUGCCGCUCCAGGAGGUGGCGGCUCGUCCUCGUCCCCAUCGCCGACGCCGACGCCGACGACUAGUCGCACGACACUCACGACAUCGACCACCACCCCGAAGCCCACGACGACAUCGACCACCACUCCGUCGAAGCCCACGACGACCUCGGGCAGUGGCGGCUGCACCGCAGCUCAGUGGGCCCAGUGCGGCGGGAUCGGAUACGGGGGCUGCACGGUCUGCGCUUCGCCGUUCACUUGCAAGUACUCGAAUGACUGGUACUCGCAGUGUCUGUAAGGCACUGUAGUGCACCGGCGCCUUCUACUGUACAUAGUAUAUGCAUGGGGCUUUCUGUUCCUGUAAAUAGCAACCGGGUGGAUCGAUGGAUGACGAUGAUGAUGAUCCUUUCCUAUCAGAAACAAUUCGUCCACCAUGGUGUGGUGUCGGGUCAUCUGAACAGACUAAAUUGCGUAUGAUGUCAGCCCUUUAAGUAAAUACU